AUGCCCAACAAGGAUACUUUGGCAUGGACAACUAUGAUUUCAGUGCUGGCUCUCCAUGGGUUUGGCAAUGAGGCUUUUGAUAUUUUUAAACAAAUGGAAACAACUGGGGUGAAGCCGAACCAUGUGACAUUUGUUGGGCUAUUGUCAGCUUGUGCUCAUUCUGGUUUAGUAGAGAAAGGUCGCUGGUGUUUUCGUGUGAUGAAGCGUGUUUACUUAAUUGAACCGCAGCUCUAUCACUAUGCAAGCAUGGUUGAUAUGCUUAGUCGUGCCGGGUUGAUAUGCUUAUAA